UAGCUGUCACUGGCACGUUGCUGACUGAAUAGAUUGCGUACAGGAGAACGUUAUCCUCAAAUUAUCGGCCAGUAAAUUGUCAGAGCUCGAAAUCAAGUACAAACAUUAUUCGAUUGUAUUUUUUUUUUCAGAAUGAAGAAGACAAUUUUAGAAAAGGUCCCAAAAAUAUACUGUUCGCAUCAAGAAUUGCUAACGGCCGAAUGUGUAUGUAUCUGAGUAACACUGAUAGCGUGGACAAAAUAAUCACUGAACACAAAUCCAUAAAGGUCCAAGACCACGACAUCGAAAUAAGACGACUUGUUACACCUGCUCAAAGGCUAGUUAUUUCAAAUGUCUGCCCCUCUGUGCCAAACAACAUUAUUGAAAGUUCACUAACAACUAUGGGCCUGAAGCUACUCUCCCGCAUAACUUACCUCCGAGUUGGAAUGCCGGAAAAUGAAUACAAUCACAUUCUCAGUUUCCGUCGACAAGUGUAUAUUGCACCACCUGUUAGCGAAAUCAUAGACUCUACCACUAUAACCUUUGAGGAAACGACGUACAUGAUAUUUUUCUCCGUAGACGGACCAAGCUGUACUCUUUGCAAGCAAACGGGACAUACAUUGGAAAAAUGCCCCAAAUCACAAUCCAGAAAUGAAGACACCGAAACAAGAAUGGAAUUAGAGUCAUCUAAUGUACAUAACAAAACUAAUACAUUGAGCUUAAACAUGACUGCAACCAUACAAGACAACUCUGUAUCAGAAGAAACUCGACCUAAACGACAAAUCUCAACAUCCCCCGUAUCUACUAACACCCAGCCUACAUUAACUGAAGCCCCCACUAAGAGAAUCAAAACAUCAAAAGUUUCUGAGGAACCCGCCGAGGGAUUCAUAAACUCACGGUUUACGUCAACCAAGCUAAACGUAUCAGAGGUAGCGGACAUGAUAGAAAAUACAUAUAAAUCCAAAGAUAUAAUAGCAACGUUUAGGAACUACACAAAUAACAUACCGGAUAUGAACCAAAUGUGGUACCUUGAAGCGGCAUUUAAGAUCGUGCAUAUAGUAGCAACUAUCCAAGAUACAAACAAUCAGUCAUAUCAUAAGCUGGUGCGACUAUCGUUCUCCAGAGAAGCAAUCCUCUAUUCUAUAGCGUCAUUGAAUUUCUUGGCUUCGAAGGGUCUCUCACGGAGUAUGGUACCAAGAAGCUGUAACACGUUUCCCUCUGGUUUGAAGACUGCUUCUCACAGCUUCUGCUAUGCAGGAGGUACAACUAAGUAUAUGGAGUUACAACAUUCUGAUACGCAAAGAUCGGUUAGACUAGAAACUGAUGGAGAAGGCGAUAUUGACAUCGAUAGUAGUGACGAAGAUAGUGAAGACAUUGACGACAACGAUAAGGAUCAUCAAAUAUUUUUCUAUAUCCAAUAA